AUGGCGACCCAAGUCAAUUAUCAGGAUUACCUUAGCGAAUCUUCAAAGUCGAGGAAGCCAAGCGCCAUCGGGCGUCUAGUGCCUCUUAAAGAAAUCCCAGGCAUGAUCUCACUUGGAUCAGGUUCUCUCAAUCCUAAAAUGAUUCCAUAUGAAGGCAUUGACCUUUUACUCAAGACCGGAGAGAAACUCAGCAUUGAUCCGGAUACCUUGCAGAGCUCUUUGAACUAUAGUCUAACUGAAGGUAUCCCUCAAUUGACAGCCUGGCUCAAGGAGUUCCAGCAUAAACAUCAUGCGCCUCCACGAGAAUUCUCAAUAACUAUUGGGACAGGGUCGCUAGAUCUGAUCACAAAGGCUCUUUAUAUGUUGAUCAACGAUGGCGACAGCAUUCUCCUCGAAUCGCCUGGGUAUGACCCUGUUUGCACUUUCCUGCGGCAUCAGCCUUGCAAUACUAUCGACGUUGAAUUGGAUUCAUAUGGGAUCGUUCCUUCAAAGUUACGAAAACAGUUGGAAAACUGGUCUUCUGACAAAAACGGAAGAAAGCCCAAGGCAUUGUAUACAGUGCCCCAUGGAAGCAAUCCCUCUGGUGUGAGCCAAACAUUAGAACGUAAAAAAGAAAUUUAUCAGAUUGCUCGAGACCAUGGUCUGUUGAUCUUUGAGGAUGAUCCAUAUUAUUAUUUACAGUACGAUGAGAAAUUGGUCCCUUCAUAUCUGUCCAUGGAUGUGGAUGGACGAGUCUUGCGAUUCGAUAGUAUGUCCAAGGUUCUAUCAGCUGGAUUGCGUAUUGGAUGGGCAACUGGACCUUCGGAACUGAUCGAAACCAUUAACAUGAUUACUCAGUCGUCCAAUCUAAUGUCAUCAGGUGUAGCGCAAGCUGUUGCAUACACGCUGUUAAAAAACUGGGGUCAUCAAGGAUUUUAUGAGCAUACACGUCACGUGGCUGCAUUCUAUCAUAAACGCAGCCAAGUGUUUUGCAAGUAUGCACGCAAGCACCUUGAAGGUUUAGCAGAGUUUACGGAACCAAACGCGGGAAUAUUUGUUUGGCUGAAACUAAAGGGUAUUAAGGACUCUACAGAUCUGGCUAUGAACAAGGCGAAGGAGAAGAAGGUAUUGAUAAUCCCCGGGGUGGAUUUCUUAAGUCAUCCAGAGAGAGAUGGGUCCAGUCCAUAUGUGCGAACGUCAUUUUCGGAUGUGGCGGAAGAAGACAUGGGUCCGGCUUUAGAGCGACUUGCAACCUUGUUGCGUGAACAUCAAGAGUAG